AUGGCUUCAGCGGUCACUGGUGACAUAGGGCUCUCGGAGGCAGUAUCGGGGUGGGGUCCUGUGGGCACCGGAGGUCCAGCCGCGCGGCUCUGGCAGGAUGGCAUGCCCCUCAAGAAGGAGUCCCAUUCCCCGCCUCAGGUCCCGCUUCCCUGGCUCGACCCGAGCCUGCUGGCUUCCUUCACUGGAGUCCUGCUGGUCUGUGUCAAUGGACUCUUCUUCGGUUUCCCUUGCAGAUGGCUGGCCCAGAGUGGGGAGUGGUUCUUUCCCAUUGUCACAGGCCUCCCAUUGUUCGUCCUCACCUUCAGCAGUCUGGUUUUCCUGAACUUCUCAGACUCUGACAUCUUGCAUCAAGGCUCCAACAAACAGGGCCCCAGGACGGUGCAUGUGGAAUGGGUGAACCACACAGCCUUCUGCCUGCAGUGGUGCUCACAGUGCUGCUUCCACCGCCCGCCGCGGACCUACCCGUGCCCCUGGUGCAACAUUUGUGUGGAGAUGAACGACUUAGAACACCACUGCAAGUGUGUCAACAACAGCAUCGGUCAGUGCAACUUUGGCUUCUUCAUGCUGCACAUCCUGUCCCUAUGCCUCUCCUCGGGCGCCUUGCUGGUCACCUCCGUGGUCUUUCUGGUGCGCACGACUCACCUGCCCUUCUGCAUGAACAGGCUUGUGGGCAGCAUCGUCGUAGUGGUCCCCGCUGCCGGCUUCCUGGUGCCUCUCUUGGUGCUUCUGCUGAUGAAGGCCAGGUCGGUGAGCACCGCCCAGCGCUCCUACGAUGACAAGUACCAAUACCUACAUGGACACAACCCUUUCGACCUUGGCUGUGGCAAAAACUGGUAUUGGACACUUUGUGCAGCGCUGGGACCCAAGUACAUGUCCGAAGCUGUCGGGCUGCAGAGAGUGGUGGGGCCUGACUGGGUGCCCACGCGGAACCUGCACUUCCCGACGUGCCCCUCCAUGCCCAUUCCCGAAGCCCUCCCUGGGCUGGGGUCUGGCCGCCAGGUCCAACCUCUGGAUCUGUACCAAGCAGGGCAGGAUCCUCCAGGGAGUGGUGAGGCUGCAGCCCUCCAGGAGCUGGAACACUCCAAGCUCGAGGGCGGCGGAUCAUAG